GAUCCUUAUGUUGGGCGGGACCUAAUGAGGACUGAGGACCAAUCAGAGGGGGCGUUGUUUUUGUAGCUCCACGUCGGCACCAGCUGCGGGGCAAGAUGGAGGCGGUGAUUUUGGAACCCUCCCUGUAUACUGUGAAAGCCAUCCUGAUUCUGGACAAUGAUGGGGAUCGACUUUUUGCCAAGUACUAUGACGACACCUACCCCAGUGUCAAGGAGCAGAAGGCCUUUGAGAAGAACAUUUUCAACAAGACCCAUCGCACUGACAGUGAAAUCGCGCUCUUGGAAGGCCUGACGGUGGUGUAUAAGAGCAGUAUUGAUCUCUAUUUCUAUGUGAUCGGCAGCUCCUAUGAAAAUGAGCUUAUGCUUAUGGCUGUUCUGAACUGCCUCUUUGACUCCUUGAGUCAGAUGCUAAGGAAAAAUGUAGAAAAGCGAGCUCUGCUGGAGAACAUGGAGGGGCUUUUCUUGGCUGUGGAUGAAAUCGUGGAUGGAGGGGUGAUCCUAGAGAGUGAUCCACAGCAAGUGGUACACCGAGUGGCAUUAAGGGGUGAAGAUGUCCCCCUCACUGAGCAGACGGUCUCUCAGGUGCUGCAGUCGGCGAAAGAACAGAUCAAGUGGUCACUCCUACGGUGAAGACCGUCCUGUGCCUGGCUCUUCACCCCUCAAAAACCCAUAUGUCUGCUAUGACUUCUUGUCCAGGCCCCCUGUUGAUGCAGUCUGGGUCAUCUUAGGGAUCACAGGGAUCCUUAAAUCUCCACCCCAUCUAGUGCUGUCCCCCUACCCCUAACACACUUCCUUUUCCUCCCAGCAGAUUUAGAUACUGGGCAGGGGAAACACCCCUUCCGUCCUCCACAUCUACCCCACACUUUCUCCUCACCUUCGUUGCCCUUUGCUGUAGCCACACUCCGGAUCAAAGCAGGAGAAUGUGCUGAGUGUUUUUCACCUUUGCCUUUACACAGCACCAGCACAUACGUCCAGCAAGGGGCGGGCGGUGUCUUUUUCUGUAGGGUGUCAGGAUGGGGACAGGUGGGGAUAUAGCCAGUCUCGCCCCACUUACCGGCCUCAGCAACCCUCCUGUUUCUUCUUGCUGCUCUGCCCUCUGCCUUGGAAAGAACAUCGAGGAACAGCUCAUAAGGAAGGGGAUAGAGUGGCAGAAAUUGUGAUUUAAAUGUUGGAUAGGGCUUUUAAAACUUCUCUGUACCCACAUUCAGGCAUGCAGCUUCCAAACCGCUGUGGUCUGUGAGUGGUUAUUCUGGAUGUCAGUCUGUUGUCCACUGUCUUAGCUCCCCCCUUACUACCUGUGGGGUUGUUGCCUGCUUUGUCCUGACUCUGCCCUGGAGCAGUCACACACUGGAACUAAAACUCCGCUCUCAUCUCCAAAAGAAGAGUUUCUGCAUCUGAGCAGGAAGGAGGACUUAGGGCUUGGGCCUUGAGGCUUGGUCUCCUCACCUCCCUGGAGUGUAUCUGUUCCUCUGUCUUGGGUCUCUGGCCACUUAACCCUAUACUCUCUGCCUCAGCCUUAGGUAAAAAGGCUGUGGAUCUGGGGUCUUCACUUCCCUAGAUGGCUGAGAUAGGUGCCUUUCUCUUGGGACUUGGGUUUCCCCAGAACAGACAGUGGAACACCUACUUUUGGGUCUGAUCUUUCCCCUUGACUCAAAACUCCUCCCCACGAAAAGGUCUUACAAGCCCUCUCUGGGACCUAGCAUUAUGCCCAGCCCAUCAGCUAGCAGCUCUCCAGCAAUGAAGGAUCUGAGGAGGCACCUUCCUGUAAGAGAUGUCCAGAAUCGAGACUGCCACCUUCCUGUACUGCUCUGCAAAGGGGAAUAAAACAUUUCUUUUUCCAAA